AUGAAUUGUGACUUGAACAAAGUUAUUCAAGGGGCAGUUGAUUUCACCGAUAUUCAUCUACAGAGUUUUGGAUAUCAGAUACUUUGUGGGGUCAAGUACAUUCAUUCGGCUUCGGUGAUCCAUCGAGAUCUUAAACCGGGAAAUAUCCUCGUGAAUUCGUUUGGACAAUUAAAAAUAUGUGACUUCGGGCUUGCUAGAGGUGUAUCAGAUACAAAUAAAUCUCAAAAGGCAAAUCAUUUGACCCAUUAUGUAGCAACCAGAUGGUACAGAGCACCUGAAUUAAUAUACACCAGAGCAGCAUACACCUCAGCCAGUAAGUUUACCUAG